AUGCGGAAACGGCUUCCGGUGUCAACAUGGGUUUUUGAUAGUGUCGAGAACAGGCUUUUUGCGUUGUUGAACAUUAAGUUAAUCCAGCACUCUGUCCAGGAACUGCAGACAGCGUUGGUUUCCAAUCAUAAAGACUUAGCUAUAGACUUUACAGCAAAUACACAAAAGCAGAGGCAUCUUCUGGAGGAAGGAUUCCACGCAGGGCAGCGGCCCGAUUCCCUUUUCCAACCCAUCACAGUCCACUCAGACUGGAUCUCCGCUCAACCUGAGGAGCAUCAAGACUUUGAGAGUUUCUACAGAGACCCUUCCCGCAAGACCCCAAAUGCAAGCCACAAUACUAUUUACAUUCAAACCAUAUGUUCCUUUGGCGGGGCGGGGGUUCAGAAGGAUCAGUGUGUGGAGUGGCUCAGAGAAUACUGCCAGGCCUUCUUCUAUGGGCUUUCUGUCAAGUUACUGCCGGCAGUUACUGUGGCUGAAACAAAAUGCUCCUUCAGGGUGAACAGCGACUCCCACAACCUUCAGAUCCUCACCGGUGACCUGCUACAGUUCCUGUGGAGUAGGAAACCAGCAGAUGCUUUCUGCAUUGUUGGGAUCACAAUGAUUGACCUCUACCCCAAAGACUCCUGGAAUUUUGUUUUCGGACAAGCUUCUCUCAGUAACGGAAUGGGAGUUUUCAGCUUCUCCAGGUAUGAUGACAGCUUCUACAGCAGCAGUUAUGCAGGGAGUGUGACGACCCCUCCAAACUGCUGAACGAUGCUGUCACGCCGUCAGAAACCCCUAGUAAUCUUGUUGUCUGUGUAAACGUGUUCCGGCAUCGGUUGUAUUCAGUUGGGGAGAUGGCCAGAGAGAAGUUGUCGUCAUCUGGGAAAGAUGAAGCGUCUGACCGAAAACCAGAGCAGCGCUCGUUUAGUCCUGGAGAUCAGGUCCUGGCUUUGUUAUCAAUGGUUAAUUCGCCGUUUCAGGCAAAAUGUUCUGGCCCAAAGGUAUCUGACCAAAAUGAUACGCCAGCGUUUCCAAAGGUAUCUGACCAAAAUGUUCUCCUGUCCACGCCGAAACGUAGAAAAGCCACUCAGCUCUGCCAUAUAAACCUGCUGAAGUCAUACUAUGCUAAUGAGUCUAAACCUCUCUCAGCAGCAGUGGCAGUGGGGAGUCAGUUCUCCGGAGGGGAGGAUGAUGGGGUUACAGCGCCUGAUGAGAGCUUGUUGCGGGGAAAAUUGAAGAACACUGAAACUUUGCGUAAUCUGGAGUCACUGUUGGGUCAUAUGUCGGCAGAAGGAAGGUCUGAGCUGACUGCUCUGAUUCAUAGUAAUCUGUGUCUAUUCAGAGAUACACCAAGCCGAACACACAUGAUAGUGCAUGAUAUAGAUGUAGAGGGUGCGCAUCCCAUCCGCCAGCGUUUCUGUCGUGUGUCUGAGGAAAAACGUCAGGUAAUGGACACAGAAAUCAAGUAGGCUACAUGCUCGAAAAUGGCAUCGCCGAACCUUCUUGUUCAAGCUGGGCAUCACCCUGUCUGCUUGUGGAGAAGUCUGAUAAAAGUCCUAGGUUUUGCACAGAUUAUUGGAAGGUUAAGGCUGUUACUGAACCCGAUGCGUAUCCACUGCCUCGUAUGGAAGAUUGUAUUAAUCAGGUUGGUUCUGCGCAGUUUGUUAGCAAAUUUGACAUUUGUAAAGGUUACUGGCAGGUUCUCCCAAAGGGCCAAGGAAAUCUCCGCUUUUAUUACACCCUCAGGGUUAUAUUCCUAUGAUGUGAUGAGUUUUGGUCUGCGUAAUGCUCCCUCCACAUUCCAGCGACUUAUGAACAGGGUGGUGUCGGGGUUGGAAGGUUGUGCCGUGUACUUGGAUGACGUUGUGAUCUAUAGCAAUACGUGGGAGGAACAUUUGGCCCGUAUUGAGAAACCGUUUGACCGGUUGAGUGAGGCGUGCCUGACAGUAAACUUGGCAAAGUGUGACUUUGCAAAGUCCACCGUCACUUACCUCGGCAAAGUUGUAGGGCAGGGGACUGUGUGUGCCGUCGAGGUCAAAGUGAGUGCGAUAACUAAGUACCCAGUUCCCACCACCAAAAAAGAACUUCAGCGUUUCUUUGGUUUAAUUGGGUACUAUCGCAGUUUUUUACUGUGGUAGCUCCCCUGACGGAUUUGCCGAAAGGAAAAGCCUGUUAUGUUUGGACAGACGUGUGCCAGCAGGCUUUUGGUAAUUUAAAGUCUGUUCUGUCUUCACCUCCUGUGCUUGCCGCUCCUUGCAUGGAUCGACCUUUCCAACUGCAUGUGGAUGCAAGUGAUGUCGGGACAGGAGCUGUACUGUUCUAAGUUGAUGGCAGUGGGGUGGAUCGCCCCGUGAGUUUCUAUUCUAAGAAAUGUAACUCAUUUCAGUUGAACUACUCUGUGAUCGAAAAGGAAACCCUUGCGCUCAUCUGGGCAUUACAGCAUUUUGACGUGUAUGUAGGCUCUAGUGUUCCUCUGAUUGUGUACACAAACCAUAACCCCAUCACUUUCUUGCACUCAGUUUGUUGCCCAAAUUGCAUGUUGAUGCGGUGGAUGCUUUAUCUACAGGCCUAUUGUCUGGACAUCUGCCACAUUAAAGGUUCGGAUAACGUGGUGGCCGAUGCUUUGUCUAGAGC